GCUUAUUUUUGUUUCAGAGAAUAUACUAAUAGAUGUUUUGAAGAAUAAUAGAACAAAUAUAAUAACAAUGAUUUGAAUGUUAGAAGAUGUCCGAAGAAUGUUUUUCCAAAAAGCAUGAUUGUGGAAAUGAAAUCCUUGAUAAUUUAAAAAAAGAAUCACAUGUUGAGCAAGAGAACUUAAUGCCUAUUGAUAUUGCUGAUACUGCAUCUUAUAGUAAAAAUGUAGAUGACAAAGACUGUAACGAAAAACCAAAGAAGUUUUGUAAUAUUAGAGACAUUCCUAUUAUGCAACCUAACACAGUAAUAACUUUUUCAGAUAAUGAAAAAGAUAAUGAUAAGUCUGUAGGUGGCCAAAAUAUUGAGCAAUGGACUGUUGAAAAGAAAUUGUUAAAUUUUUUACAAUGGUGUAAGGCUAACAACCUCAACUUAUCAUCCAAGGUUAAAGUUGAUUUCAAUGGUACCAGUCAUCGAUAUGGCAUGUUAGCUACGGAAGAUAUAAAAAAAGGUGAAGUGCUUUUCACUGUGCCACGUCAACUUCUACUUAACCAAAAUACUGCAACACUUAAAAAUCGAUUGAAUGAAUUUGAAAAAUGGCUUGAUACUCACGGGAAAAGUCUGAAUGACAGCAGUGGUUGGUUACCUCUAUUGAUUACAUUAAUGUGGGAGUUUAAUCAAAAAGACUCAUUUUGGGCAUCAUAUUUGCUUUUAGUACCUGAAAUCAGUGAAUUCGGGCAUCCUCUUUUUUGGAAAGAAGAAGAGUAUAAUUUAGAGUUCCAAGGUAUGCCUUUGUUAAACGACAUAAUUGUUGAUCGGGAAAAUAUUGAGACAGAGUAUGCAGAAUUUGUUCUUUUGUUUCUCAGAAGAAACAAAGAUUUAUUUGGAAGCCUAGAGAAUUACAGCCUUGAGUUUUUCAAACGUAUGGUUGCUUUUGUGAUGGCCUACAGUUUUACAGAGGAUGAGGAGUCACCAUCUAUGGUCCCCAUGGCAGAUAUCUUGAACCAUCAUAGUAACAAUAAUGCACACUUAGUGUUUCACAAGUCCAAUUUACAAAUGAUUAGUAUACGAAGGAUCAAAAAGGGAGAAGAAGUCUUCAAUACAUUUGGCAAACUAGGCAAUACUGAGUUGCUUCAGAUGUAUGGGUAUGUUGAAGUUCCAUCAAAUCAAUAUGAUUCAUUAUUGCUUCCUGUAAAAGAUUUUUAUAAAAUUAUGACAUCAAAAAAUGGAACAGCAAAUGAUGAUCCUUAUUUACUUGCCAAAAUCAAUCUUCUAAAUCGUACUGGUAUUGCUGAAGUUGAUGCUUUUUUCAUGUUUGAUAAAAAUGGAUUGCGGUGUGGUCCUGACUUAAUUCAAUUUUUAAAGAUAUUUCAUGCAAGUGAUCGUGAACUGGAAAAGAUAUUAAAAACUCGUGCAAGUAAACGCCCUGAAUCUUUCUAUCAUAAAUUAUUACGAAAGUUACGCCUGUCAAAAAAAACAGAAAAAAACUCAUUGGGAAUGACAGUCAUUGAUAUUACGGAAGAUGAUACCGAGAUGGAUAUUGAAAAUUUUAAUAAGCGCAAAAAUGUUGACGAAAAUGAACUUGAUGAAAAUGCAUUUAGCAGUAAACGACCUUUACUUUCAAACUCACUUUUGUCGUGUCAGUAUUCUAGUUCUAAGAAAUGUUCUGUUAUUGAACUUGACGUUGGGAGUAGUACAUCAAACACUAUUGAAAUUAUAGAUGAAUCGGAUGAAGAUAAUGAUAUAAACAAUAAGGCAGGUGAGUGUUGCAAUUAUAAAAACGAAAAUGAUUCAGAUUUGCAAAUUAACUUAAAAUCUGAACUGUUAUCAAGUGGUGCAAGUUCGAAUUCGGACCAAAAUAAACUGCUGAGAACAUGUGAGGAUAUAACAGCAAAUCAAAUGAAUGAUGCAGCGGACAAUAUAAAAUGCGGAAAAAAAGUUGAAUUGUUUAGUUGUGAUGAAGGAAAUAAACAAAUUAGUUUAACUCAUUUCGAUGCUGAUUCCAAUUAUAAAGAAGACUCUAAUCAUAAAGAAGAUUCAGAAAUUUUUAUUAUGAGUUCUAUUGACACUAAAAAUAUUAAUACAUCGGUGACAAAUGUGCACCCCAUUUCUGAAAAUAUGUUAGACAAUGGUUGCAGUGAAAACAGAAAUAUUAAUCAAAUCUCAAUGGACUUAAAUUCCUCAAGUAGUUCAAUUACACUGUUUACGAGUUUACCAGAAUCCAAUAUCGCAAAAGAUGUAUCAGAUAAUGGCUUGUUAUCUCAUAUGCAAACCGUUUUUGAUGUUGAUUCAAGUGCAGAGGAGUCAGGAGAAGACAUAGAAUUUGUUGAAGAGAGCUUUCCUUUUUCCUUGUCAUAUGAAAAACUAAAAGAACUAAUGAAACCAGAAUGGAAAGAAACAAUUUUGUUUGUACUCGAUGUGUUAGAUAAAAACAUGAAAAAUGAUGAAAAUAUCACUCAACCCAACGAUUUACCACGCAAUUUACGCAAUGCUUUUUACGUUAGGCAAGGGCAGCGCAUCAUUAUAAAUUUGUUUAAAUCUCAUAUGGUGUGAUAUUUGAUUUUCUUUAAUUUUGCACUAAUAAAGUGUAAAUAAAAUAAAUUUAAAAACAAAUCUUUAAAGUAAA